CGUCUUUUCACUAAGGAAUGUUUACAAAUUGCUUAAGGUUUUAUUUUUUUUAACUGUUUAAUUUUUUAUUUAUUGUUAAGCUGUUCAUUUAAUUAAGAUUUUGUUAGGACCUCAUUUCAAUCAAUAAUUAAUACCAUGACAUCUAUGAGACAAAAUCCUCUGACAUGCAGUGGUCACACGAGACCUGUCGUACAUUUGUCCUUCAGUCGUAUCACACCUGACGGCUACUUUGUCAUCAGCGCCAGCAAGGAUGCUAAGCCAAUGUUGCGUCAGGGUGAAACUGGAGAUUGGAUUGGUACAUUUGAAGGGCACAAGGGGGCUGUGUGGGCUGCCACAUUAAACUAUGAAGCUUCGAAAGCUGCUACUGGCUCAGCGGAUUUUACUGCAAAAGUGUGGAAUGCGGUGACAGGUGAGGAGGUCCAGUCAUUUGCUCACAAGCAUAUUGUCAAAUGCGUCGAUUUUUCUCCUGACAGCAAUUAUUUGUUAACUGGCAGCAAUGAAAAACUUCUUCGCAUUUAUGACUUAAACAAACCCAGUGAAAGUCCAGAAGUUAUAAAUGGUCACACAUCAAAUUUGAAGUGUUGUUUGUGGUUGGAUGACAGAACCAUCAUAAGUGCUGCAGAGGACAAAACUAUCAAAUUGUGGGAUGUACACAACAAAAGUGAAAUACAAAGCCUGGAGUUGAAGUCAGCUGCUAAUGAUCUGGAAAUUUCAGUUGAUGGUCAGAUUCUCACAGUGGCUUACAGCAACAAAGUGGCUUUCCAUAAUGCAAGAAGUUUUGAAGUAUUAAAGGAGUUUGAGGUUGGCAGUCCAAUAAAUUCAGCUUCUCUCCAUCCAACGAGAAAUGUUUUUGUUUGUGGUGGAGAUGAUUUCAAGAUGUACAAAUGUGAUUAUGAAAGUGGCAGUGAAUUAGAAUCUUUUAAAGGGCAUUUUGGUUCAGUUCAUUGCGUACGGUUUUCACCAGAUGGCGAAUUAUACGCCAGUGGUAGUGAAGAUGGAACCCUGAGAUUGUGGCAGACAAUUGUUGGAAAAACUUACGGCUUGUGGAAAUGCAUGCAGUCAGAUGAUGUUUCACCAAGUUUAACGUGUGACAACGCUAUCAAAGUUGAUUGUUGUUGAUCUUGAUCAGACAAUCAGUAUUUUUGUUUUUCUGAAAAUGGUAUCAAAAUUUUUUUUUGUCAAAAUUGGAAUUCUGUUUUAUUUAAGAAUAAAUUACCGCCAAGGCUAAGGAAAUUUACUUAUUUGCAACUUGUGGUUAUUUCUGUCUGAAUCGAAUUAGAUAAAAUUGUUUAUUCAGUCACUUUGUUACUAAUUUGUUGUCAUUUGUAAUAUAAUGCAAAAAAUAAACUGAAUUUCAGAAAUUU